AUGGAUGAUGGUGGACUUGAGGGAUGCAUCGAAGAAAUGGGAGAGUUGGCCAAGGAUAAAUCACCAUAUCUUGGUAUGGAGUUUCCAUCAGAAGAAGCUGCAUAUGAGUUUUAUAAUGAAUACGGAAGAAUUGUGGGGUUUAGUAUUAGAAGAGAUUAUUGUAACAAAAGUCAGAAAGAUGGUGUUAUGACUAGUAGAAAGUUUGUUUGUUGUAAGGAGGGAGAGAGGGAAAAAGAUAAACGGUACACGAUGAUAAAAAAUCCUCGAAGUGAGACAAGAACAAAUUGUAAAGCAUUUAUGCAUAUAUCUGUUAAGCGGGACUUGUCGAAGUGGGUUGUGUCGAAGUUUGAUAGCAACCACAACCACCCUUUGCAUCUUCCUCAAUGUACUCAUUUGAUGCCAUCUCAGAGAAAGGUAUGUGAUGCUCAGGGUAUAAAUAUUGACAUAGCUGAUGAGAGUGGAAUAUCUCUUAAGGCUUCACAUGAUCUUAUUAGUGCUAUAGCAGGAGGGAAGGAAUUUGUAGGGUUCACGCGAGAGGAUCAGAAAACCUACUUAUGUGCAAAAAGACAGCGAAACUUGCAGUAUGGUGAAACGGGGAGUUUGUUAAGAUAUUUCCAGCAGCAAGUGGCAGAAAAUCCAUAUUUUUACUAUGCCAUUCAGUUGGAUGUAGAUGAGAUGAUUACUAAUAUUUUUUGGGCUGAUCAUCAGAUGAUAACAGAUUAUGGGCUUUUCGGUGAUGCGGUGUCAUUUGACACAACUUUUCGAACAAAUAAAGAGUACCGUCCACUUGCUUUAUUUUGUGGCUUUAACCACUUUAGAAUGACAGUGAUUUUUGGUGCAGCAUUAUUAUAUGAUGAAACUGCAGAGUCAUUUGAAACAUUUUUGGAUGCAAUGUCAGGAAAAAAAACCUGUUAG